GUAAUGGUUCGUGUAAGAACUACGGUACCCUGCGGCAACGCAUGCGCAGAAGUAGCUAUAAAACUUCAGUAAAAUCCUGCCCUCUGAUUGGCUAAAAUACAUCUUCGGGUGUUUUCCAUAUCUUAUCCAUUGAUUGACAAACAUUUAAUUUAAGAAUAAAACAAAGGUUGCAUUGUUACGACUUAUCCCCGAGUUUUGUCCGAAUCGUAUGUUCGGAAGUUACAUUUCCGACCUAGCGCUCACGUCGCCAUUUUGAAUUCUACAUGCUUCCUCCUCGAUAUAUUAAGACAAGUCUCUCGCUAUUCAUUAUCUCUCCGAAAAUAGUUUGAAAAUCUAUUGUAUAUACUUUAAAGAAACGCUUCUGAGUUCUGUUUGCUUGCAAACUUUGUCCGAGAAGUUGGAAAAGCUUGGUAUGGUGUUCAAAAGGCAGGCAUGUUGCUGCCCAAACCACGAGGCUUGGUGUGGCAGUAAGCCUUCAGAUGUGGAACAGAGGUCCCUGAGAAAGGCGAACAGAGUAGAGAAAGUUUUCUUGGAGCUAGAUGACAAAGGCAAAAAGGGCUGGUCUAGAAGCAUUUGUACAUACUGCCGACAGCGAGUCGAUUUGGAGCUUGGAAACAAACGCAUGAAAACUUCACACGAGAGCUGUAGAGAUGAAACUGCCUCAAGUUCCAGCGUGUUUUUCCAACCGGAAACCUCUGAGACCAGCGCCGCUGCUGAAGCCGCGUUAGAACCAUUCCAGGACAUUGAGGAAACCUCUGCACUAGGGCAAAUUUUGCCGUCAUCAGUUGAUGCUGUACGACUCAUGAAAGCAUCAACUAAACAAAGGGACAUAGAACGAUGCAUUGAAGUAGAAGAUACAUAGUAGGCCAUGAGGACGUGAGUCCUCAUGGCCUAAUAUGUAUCGAAGAUGGAGACCCCGAUUAUAAGCUGGACACUCUCGACUUCAUCAAUGAGCUUAUGGAAUAAACCUUGCUUGCGGCUUGUUUUAAGAAAAUAUUGUGUGUUCUGUCUGUGUCGAUGAAAUAAUAAUUAGAGGGCUGCUACUACUGUGAAUUCCAGUAAACUUUAUUGCUGUGGCUUGUAUGCGAUAAUAGUUGUAUUGAGGAUCGAAUAAAGCAAAAUUGGUAACUUUA